GAUAUGAGUCACUGCUCCACAUCCUGCCCUGCUUCAGCACUUCCUCAUCCAAGGCAGAGGCUCCUCGCAGCAGUGCAUCUGAAUUUCAGCAUAUUCAGACAGUAUACCGAGAGAUCCCAUAGAGCCUUCCCUCCCACUCAGGAUGAGGAGCCUUGAGGAGCCUAUAGAGCCAACUGCCCCUAUGGAAGCUGAGCAUUCCUAAACAUACACAGAAGGUGGCAGUCCAGUCCAGGCGACAGGACCCUGCAGGCACAUGUCAGUGGACAGAGAUUUGUUUCAACAGAGACAAAAGCAGCUGGAGCAUCUGGCAAGGCUCGCAACAGGGAAGGAUUCCUUAAGGGCUGCGAAGGCACAGAAAUGAAAUGGGAGACCGCUCUCUGGAUGGUUGCCUGCUUAUUGUUUGCGUCUCUACCCAGAGGUCAACCAGAUACAACAUGCCAUGCAUUUGUUGGAGAAACUGUCAUCUUGCCUUGCACCAUCACCUCUCCUGGGGAGCUGAUCCUUUCCCAUUCGAAGCUCUACUGGCAGAUAGACUAUGCCUUAGUGCACUUUUUCCACAAUGGGCAGGAUUCACUGGCAUUGCAGGACAAGCAUUACCAUGGCAGAACUAGUCUUUUUUUUGACCAGAUGAAGCAUGGCAACUUUUCCUUAAAGCUCUCCAAUGUCCAAUUACUGGACGCAGCUGUAUAUAAUUGCAUCUACAAACAGACUGGGGAUCAUCCCAAUGAAACACAGAAAUCUACAAUUAAACUCAUUGUAUCAGCUCCACCUGGCACUGAGGAGGCACCUUCCCCUUCUGGACACAGUCAGAUUUCCUCCAGAAGCCCAGCUGAUGUGCCAAAUCUGGCUAUGCUUCCCCUCUCUUUCCACCUCCUUGUCACACUGGGGGUUUGGCACUUGUAACUGGGGAAGUCAACCUUCUCAUUGAGAAGUUCUCCUCACCAGAGGACCUCGCUGGGCAGAACAGCUCUGUAGGGUUAGCCUGACGACUGUUCCAGAGCCACAUGAAAGAAAUACCGAUAGCUGAAGUCAGAUGUAGCACUAGGUGUUUAAGUCCUGCAUUUUGGUGUUCCACAAAACCAAAGGCAGCAAAACUCAGAGGUGGCAAGUCUGCUCCUUCAUUUGUUUCUUGGAGCUUAGUUUUAGUGCUGCCAGUAUGAACAUUUUAUUUUGGAUUUUGUAGUUUUGCUUUUGUGACAGGAUAAAAGACUCACAAAACUACAAGGUCACAUUGUAAUUGACCCUAGUGAGAUCUUUUGCCUAAGAUAUCAUCUGCUGCCCUUCAAUGGAAUUGAAAGGAGUAGAAGGGGUAAUUACCUUCUGUGUCAGAUAAAAACUGGAAGUAGGAAGAUGUCCGCAUUUUGUGAAAUGUAAGGAUGGAAACCUUGUGAAACUUGAGCCUGUGGAACUUUAGCUUCUAUUUUUACUCUUAAGUGUCAUGGGCUAUCAGUAACAAAUUCUCUUCCACAAGAAAUGUAGCAUUUCCUCAGCAGAAGGGUGAAGCUGACCAAGAAAGAUGACGGAAGUUCAUAAAACAUCAACAUAGAGGAAGGAAGUGAUAUAUUACUACAAAAUCCACUUCUAAAUAAGCCAAAAGCUUUAGAAGGCUGAAUUCAGUAUUUUCCCUUUUUGUCAUGAAACACAGCAGGGUAAAUGUGAUCAUCGUGGAAAAGCUGUAUUCUUAAGCUAGACCUGUGCGAUAAGAAAUUUUUACUGUGAAAAUGUUACUUCUUUAAAAAUGGUACCUUUGGUGGAAAAAAGAAUUAAAAACUGGUCAGAAUAAUUGUAACUGAUACCUAUGCAAAUUAAAACGGUUUAGUUCUGGAAAUGUUCAAUUCAGAUAGCAUAGACGUGUGUAAAACUAAGAUUGAAAGGAUCCUGUAUACCAAUGAUAUCAAG